GGCGCUGUGAGAGGCGGUAGCGGCGGCGGCGGCGGUGGUAUCGGCGGCAGCUGUGAGGGGGUUCCGGGAAGAUGGUGCUGAUCAAGGAAUUCCGUGUGGUUUUGCCAUGUUCUGUUCAGGAGUAUCAGGUUGGGCAGCUUUACUCUGUUGCAGAAGCUAGUAAGAAUGAGACUGGUGGUGGAGAAGGAAUUGAAGUCUUAAAGAAUGAACCUUAUGAGAAGGAUGGAGAAAAGGGACAGUAUACGCACAAAAUUUAUCACCUAAAGAGCAAAGUUCCUGCAUUCGUGAGGAUGAUUGCUCCCGAGGGCUCCUUGGUGUUUCAUGAGAAAGCCUGGAAUGCGUACCCCUACUGUAGAACAAUUGUAACGAAUGAAUAUAUGAAAGAUGAUUUCUUCAUUAAAAUUGAAACAUGGCACAAACCAGACUUGGGAACAUUAGAAAAUGUACAUGGUUUAGAUCCAAACACAUGGAAAACUGUUGAAAUUGUCCAUAUAGAUAUUGCAGAUAGAAGUCAAGUUGAACCAGCAGACUACAAAGCUGAUGAAGACCCAGCAUUAUUCCAGUCAGUCAAGACCAAGAGAGGCCCUUUGGGACCCAACUGGAAGAAGGAGCUGGCAAACAGCCCUGACUGUCCCCAGAUGUGUGCCUAUAAGCUGGUGACCAUCAAAUUCAAGUGGUGGGGACUGCAAAGCAAAGUAGAAAACUUCAUUCAAAAGCAAGAAAAACGGAUAUUUACAAACUUCCAUCGCCAGCUUUUUUGUUGGAUUGACAAGUGGAUCGAUCUCACGAUGGAAGACAUUAGGAGAAUGGAAGACGAGACUCAGAAAGAACUAGAAACAUUACGUAAUCAAGGUCAAGUGAGGGGAACAAGCGCAGCCAGUGAUGAGUGAAGAAGAAUCUGACCAGUAUCUUUCAGUGUUGACGUUUCCCAGAUGUGUGCUUGUGAUGAUACACACACAUGCACAGGUUCUCAACCACGUGUGUAUAUAUGUAUGUGUGCAUAUGUCUGUAGCUGUAUAUAAAGCGCAUGUAGAGCUACAGAUCCAGAUACACACACUUGUGUAUAUAUGUACAUACAGACAUACUGAAGGGAUUAGUACAAUUUCUCCAAAGUACUGUACCUAUCUUCAGCAAGAAUGCAAAAGAAAAUAUUUUCAAUAUAUAUACCUGGAACAGAUUUUAAUAAUUAUCAGAGUAAUACCAUUAAUGGACAAAUUGACUGCAAUGUAAUACUAGCUGGUAUGUUUCAUAAAUGUCAAGUUGUGGACCAACAUAUAUAGCCUUUUAUUAUUUUUCUCUUCUUUUAAGUCAGUCUCUUAUAAAUUUUUUUUUAGUCCCUUAAGCAGUAGACUCCCACAGAAAAUUUCUUCAAAAUUUUUUGGUGUUCCAAUGAAUCUGGGAUGUAAACUCUGAAUGUAUUUAUAACUAUUUAUUUCUGGAUGGUCAUUAUCUUGUAGCCAAAUUUGACAAUAUAAAGUAAGGAGCAAAGUUACAGGCCAGUUUUUACUUGUUUGCCCUGAGGGAAAAAUCCUUUUAAAAAAAAUUUCUGGUUUUUAUUGGAUUUUUGUAUUUUAAAUUUCAAAUAUUUUUCUACAUCAAACCUAGCAAAAAUGGAGAUGACGGUUUCUGAUUUAUAAUAAAUACUAGACAAUUUUCAGGCUCCUGUUAGACAAACACAUUGAUGAAGAAAUUAGUCUUAAUAGGAUUGUAGGCUGUGUAGAAAAGUUGGAAAUAUAGCACUUCAUGGAGCCUUGUUUUGAAGAUGACAGUUUUCUGUAACUACAGCUUGGAAACUAUGCAAAUGGUCUAGAUUCCUCAGAGCUCACAUGAUAGGAUAUAGUUAGUGAUGACAUUUUGCUCUUCUUGUGGAAACACACACUUCAAGGAGGAGAUGGUGACUUUGAGAUAGGAACAGUUUAAGAUUCAGUGUGAGUCUGGCCUGUGUGCGGUGAGGAGGCCCCGCCAAGAGACUGGUGGACAUCCGACUGUGGGAUGUGCUCUCAAGUAGGACGUCAUCAGGACAGAUUCUGAAUAGGCCUCAUGAGAGUGCUGGUCAGAAACGGCUGCCACUUUUUUUUAUUUUAUUUUUUAUUUAAAGGAAGGAACAAUAGCUAGGUAAGAUUUUUAUCUGCUUUCUCUGUCUGAAUCCAGUUUUUCCUCUGUCAGUCCUGGAAGCUUGAAUAGAAUUAUAUUGUUGAAGCCUUCAGGUCACAAACUGUCUUUUUUAACCUCCUGUCCCUCCUAAAACACGCCAACCCCUGCAGUCAAAUCACAUUAGUAAUCUGAUUUGCUGACAGUCCUGCCCUGCCUGCUCCUAGUUUUCCCACAUGUCCUGCAUCCCUCCCCCACUGGAGUGAUUUCAGUGAAUCAGACAAGGAAGGAUGUGUAGGAUCAUCACUACUGCAUUGCAAUACCCUGUUACCCUCAGCGACAAAACCCACAUUUCAUACAUCCUUUGUGUACUCAGGAUAAAGACUGAUGUUUACUCUCUGGGCACUGUUGUAAGAUAGGUUUUGUCAGAGCAUAAUCAUUGUCUGCAAAGUGUUUGGUGCGAGGAAGAUUAUUGCUAAUUUUGUGAAAUAAAGAGUCUAGCCCUCUCCUUUUAAUGAACUUAACUCUCGCUGGCAUCUGUAGUAUCAUUGGGAGCUUAGGUGCACAUGGAAAUGAGAGCCCGGCACAUGGAUUUUAAUGUUUUUCUAACAACUGUGGAGAUUUGAGGGAAUGUGUGGUGAAUGUAAAAUACCUAGUUUACUUGCCAGUCUCUUGUGUAAAUUACAGUAAAACAAAGUAAAUGAAAUUUAAACAAAAAAUAAAUUUGAUCACAAAAUGCCA